UCUUCCACUUGAAGCACGCUGUCAUGGAAUCACUGGUCCUCUUAGUUCUUGUUCUCGGCGUUGUGGGUGCAGAUGUGAAUUCAGACCUUCUCGGUGCCGAUACAAUUGGUGGAGUGACAUAUGAUCCGCUCGAUUACAUAGGCAAGGACACUCUACCUUUUUUGGAAUCAGUACCAGCACUUAAAACCAAUGGCCGUCACGCAGUUGAAAGCGCGUUUUUGGACUAUAGAGUCGAUGAGAUCAUUCAAUUCCUUGGAGUGUAUGACGAUUCUUAUUUUGUGAAAGCGAUGACAAGCAGGUUCUGUGUGGAAUAUCUUCAAGACGUGAGGGCCGAGGAUCGCAAAACAUUAAUUUCACUUGACUUACCUGUUAAACCUGGUGUUACCGCUUUGGAACCAAAUGGUCUAAAAGAAAACCAGAAAAUCUUGGAUGUGCUUCGAGGCUUGGCACCCGAGGUCCGGAUUACACUUAUUAAAGCCUUUGAUACCAAACGACUCGCAAAUGUUCUUGUAGCAGGAGGUGCUAAAGUCUACGAAGAUCAUUUGUAUCAAGGAAUAAUCAAAGGACUAAUAACAGUUUUUGGUGCAAACGAUUUUCAAGGAUAAAUGAUCAGCUGGACACGAUAGUUACCUCGUGAUGCCAUUGGAAGUGUCCUUGUAAACUGACAGUAGUAAAGGUCCUAAGGACACAAACG